GUCCCCCUCCCCUCCCCGCCUCCUCCCUCUCGGCUUCCCUCGGCGUCCGAGACGCUGAGGCGGACGUGACGGGACAGCUCAGUGAAGAGACUGGAGGUCUGCACUCCACAUGAGGCCAGACAUGUCGAUGAACAUCGAAGUGCGGACGAACGCUCAGGCGUUCCUACACAUCAUGCUGAAGCGGAUGAACCUGACGCUGAGCGACUGGGAGGCGUUCACCAACCAAUCGGGGGUGUCGGACGACCUGGGCGACACCACGGCAGCCCGCAGUGAGGACAUCUGCGGGGAGGGAGUGCGCUGGCUGCGCGACUCUUACCGGCCGCUGCACGGCUACCUCGCCCUCGUCGUCUGCGUCUUUGGCUCCGUCGCGAACCUCAUCAACAUCGUGGUGCUGACGCGGAAGGACAUGCUGUCGUCGACGAACAUCAUCCUGACCGGCCUGGCCGUGGCUGACAUGGCCGUGAUGCUCGAGUACAUCCCGUUCGCCUUCCAGCACUACAUCGAGGGCACCGAUCAGUUCUCCUACCCCGCCAUCGCCUACGUCCUUUUUCACGCGCAUUUCGCGCAGGUGUUCCACACCGUGUCCAUUUUCAUGACGGUGAUGCUGGCCGUGUGGCGUUUCCUCUCGAUCGUGCAUCCUGCCCUAGCUGUGCACUGCUGCACCAUGAAGCGGUCCAUCAUCUUCAUCGUCGCGGCUUACCUCGUGUCCCCCAUCAUCUGCAUCCCGUCCUACUUCACCUUCGCCGUGCACAGCCGGCCGGCGGGCGGCGGCACCAUCCUAUACAGCAUCGACAUCAGCGACGUCGGUCGUCGGCACCAUGGCCUGCUGAACCGCGCCAACUUUUGGCUAUACUCGGUGCUCAUCAAACUCGCACCUUGCCUGGCCCUCACCUACUUUUCGAUUCGGCUGAUCCGCGUCCUGCUGGAGACGAAGCGGCGCAAGCAGCGGCUCAUGACCGGGUGCCGGGUCCUCAGUGCCGAUCACCACCUGGUGCAGGGCACGCGCCAAACGGACCGCACCACGCGCGUGCUGGUGGCCGUGCUGCUGCUCUUCCUGCUGACGGAGUUCCCGCAGGGCAUCCUGGCGCUGCUCUCGGGCAUCCUGCAGGAUCGCUUCUUCCGCACCUGCUACCUCCACGUCGGCGAGCUGCUCGACAUCCUGGCGCUCACCAACUCCGCCGUCAACUUCCUGCUCUACUGCCUGAUGAGCAAGCAGUUUCGCGACGCGUUCCGCUCGCUCCUGCGGCCGCUGCUGCGAAGCGACCGGCGACGGCUACAGGAGAGUGCAUGUGGAAACCGCAAACUCUCUGGUCUCGUUACUGAGAUCCGCGGUCGGUACGAGUCCGACGUGCCGACGGCGGCCACGGCCGAGCGCGCCCUCCUGACAGAGGACGACCAGACGCUAGCCGAAGCGGCCCAGUUCCACGGCCAGGACGAGCACCGGCUUCCCUGGCGGACGUAG